AGGUACUUCCGGUAUAGCGCACUAGUGCACAGCCCCUCUUUGGAGCAGUGGGCCAACAAGAGUCACCUACCAAAACCGGAAAGUGCAGAGGGGUUUACAUCAGACAAAAGUGAGAGAUGUUGAUUUGGCAUGCUGCAGUUUUAAUUCCAAUUCAGCCCAUCCAGUGAACAAGACCUUUUUCACAAUCCGAAACAGCACGGACGAAGCAGAUCAUCAUCACAACAGCAUCAGAAGACACCGUGUGAACAACUUGGAAAAAAACCCUGUAGCCUUAAUGUGGGAUACCACGAUCAGUCCUCUGUGGCUCUGCAGUGCGUGAGUGAGUGUGUGCGUAACCCUGCCAGAUAGGGCCCCACCACAUUGUGUGUGCGUGCGUGAGAAGGCUAAUGCCCACGGUAGUGUGGUCAGGGCCAGAGGAGGAUGGGUCCGGCUGUGGAGGCUCAGGCGCAGAAGGCCAUGGAUGCAGAGCAAAAGCAAAAGCACCAGCUGCAGCACCAGCAGUGCUACUUGGAGAAAGGGGUGAUGCUUGAGCCCUUUGUGCACCAGGUGGGGGGACAUUGCUGCGUUCUUCGCUUUGGGGAGCAGACCAUCUGCAAGCCCCUCAUCCCCCGUGAACAUCAGUUCUACAAGAGUCUGCCUGCUGCAAUGAGGAAGUUUACCCCCCAGUACAGAGGUGUGGUGUCAGUGAGCUUUGAGGAGGAUGAAGAAGGGAACCUUUGCCUCAUCGCUUACCCCCUCCAGAGUGACCCAGCAGCGGAUCUGGAGAACAAGGACCCUUCAGCUGACUGCGAGUCCAAAAAUGAGAUGCCCAAGUGGGGGAAGACAAUAUCGUCCUCGCUGCUUGUGGACAGUGAAAAUUAUAGCAUAGACAGCCGAAGCCGCCACUCCAGUAAAGACAAGGACAAGAGUAUUCACAAACUGCAGGAGGAUGUGGAGCUGGAGUGGCUGCGGCAGACCGAGGUGCUCUACUACAGACUAGAGCGCAGUCACAGUAAUGCCGUACCACAGCUCAAACACAACCCCUGGAGCCUCAAGUGUCAACAGCAGCACCUGCAAAAGAUGAAGGAAAACGCCAAGCACCGCAACCAGUACAAAUUCAUCCUGCUGGAGAACCUGACAUGGCGGCACAUGAUGCCGUGUGUGUUGGACCUGAAGAUGGGCACACAGCAGCAUGGAGACGAUGCCACUGAGGAGAAGAAGGCUGUGAAGAUCCGCAAGUGUCAGCAGAGCACUGCAUCCUUGAUAGGAGUCUGCCUCUCUGGCAUGCAGGUAUACCGGUCUGACACAGGCCAGCUGAUGUUCAUGAGCAAGUUCCAUGGCCGCAGGCUUACCCUGCCGGAUUUCAAGGAGGCUUUGUUCCAGUUCUUCCACAGUGGACACCGUCUACGACAUGAACUCCUCUCUCCGGUGCUGCGCAGACUCAGAGAGAUGCAGGCCGCGCUGGAAGCCUGCGAAUCCUACCGUUUCUACUCCAGCUCCCUGCUCAUCAUCUAUGAUGGCGCGUCCCCCCAAAAGCAGACACGGCAACACACUGAGGAUGGCCUCUCUGAAGAAGAAGAGGAAGAUGAGGACGAGGAGGCAGAGGCUGAACCAGAAAUGGAAGAGGACGAGGAGGAGGAGGUGGGUGAAGUAGCAGGUGCACUUGGUUUUCCUCACAGCCCCUCCAAGUCUAGUGAUGGCAGCAGCAGUGUUGGGAGCUCAAGUAUCAGCCAGUCUUGCCUGUCUUGCUCAGACCCCGUGGUGGACGUCAGGAUGAUAGAUUUUGCCCACACCACCUGCAGACAUUUCCAAGGUGAUAGUGUGGUGUACGAGGGCCUGGACAGUGGCUACCUCUUUGGUCUCCAGAACCUGAUCACCAUCAUCUCAGAGCUGGAGAACCACAGCACAGAAUGAAGACUGGCAUUUACUAACCUUUGGAAGAAAAGACGAGGACUGGACUACAUAAGGGGAGAGUAUUUCUCCUCUCCUCUUCAAAAUUAAACCUUGUUGUAGCUGGCCUUUCAUCGGACCCCGUCCCUUUUUCUGCCAUUGGUGCUUCUCGAUGUUCCUGUUGUGUGUUUCCAUCUUCAGGAUAUGAAACAGAACUUCACGUAACAUAGAAAAGCCAUCUGUGUGACUGAUGUGGUGAUUUACCCAUUGCCAUCAUUCUGUUUAACCCAGUUCCCCACGAGGACAAAAAAAGGGUAGGCAGCGAAUAAAAGUAGUUUGAAGUCCUGAGA